GCAGGUGGAAUCUGCGCAGUGUGCUUCAGCAUAGGGAUCUCCUACAAACACAUCAUCCUCACCGAGCUGCAGAACUCAGACAGAACACUGCACCGUGACAAUCAAACCGAUGUAGAGGAGCCAGUCAUCAAGUCACAGGAAAUAAUCAACAAAGUGGAUUUAGUUUUUUCUGCUUUCAUUAAUCUAUACAUAUAUCAGUUUCAGUUAAGAUGAUGACAGAGCUAGAAUACUAAUCGAAGAGGCAUCGAUCUGCUGGGAUAUCUACACACUGUUGUGUUUUUCCUGUCAAACUGUUUUUUCUCUCCUGGCGCAGUCCAACUCAGCGGGAGUCGCAUAGGAUGCCAUUCAAUCCUAAAGGAAGCGACCCUCGUAGCUUCACAGUCAACAGUCUCAAACAGAACAGAAAGACGUAAGCUUCCCACUGCGGACCUUUUCCGUUAUAACACGCGACAGCGAUGGAUGAAAGCAUUGCUAACGAGACGAUCCCCGAUCUGAAAGAUUUAGAGGUGAAAAUUGGCCGGAAGACCCCCGAGGGUUUGCUCAGGUGGAUGCGGGAAGAGGCGUCUUCUCUCCGGGGAGAAGCAAAACUGACAAUCCCUCACGACACCAGUAAGGAUACGGGAAGGAAGAGUUUGGAUGACAAGAUUAGGAAACUGAAGAUGGAGAUGGAUCACUUGCGUUCAGUGGAUGUAAAAAUUCUGCAUCAGCUGCUGGCUGUUCAUGAGGGCAUUGAGGCAGUGAAAUGGCUAAUGGAGGAGCGCAGCACGCUCACCAGCCGCUGCAGCAGCCUGACCAGCAGCCAGUACAGCAUGGGCGAGGGCCCAGACACCUCUUGGAGAGGUUCUUGGAGCAGCCUGCAGGACCCAACUAAUGACAAACUGGAUAACAUCUCCAUUGGCAGCUACCUUGACACCCUGGCAGAUGACAUGGAUGAGUACUGCCCUUCCAGCUCAGAGUCUGUCAUCUGCUCCACCACACCACUGGCUUCAGAAGCUGCUGCUGGAGGUCGCACAACAGGAGGGUCCGGGGCCACAGUGACAGUGGCUGGAACAGGACCUGGAGUGGGGAUUCGAUCAAGUAGUGGGGCUGGGAGUGGGAUUCUGUCUGUGAUAAAUGACAGUGGGCAUGGAAAAGAGGUGAGAAGUGGGUCUGGUAUUACAGUUAGCCCUGCUCUUUUUGGGUCUGCUAUGAGUGGAACUGGAACUGUCAAAACAGCAGUUUCUUCCAGUUCUCCUAAAGCCAAAGCAGAGAGGCUUAAGCAAGACACUCCGGUCUGGACCAAGCCUGCAGAUACAGAUAAGGGAAGCCCAAUUUUUAAGAACAAUACUGAAAAGCAAGCUAUUAAAGCUAAUGGCAUUUUGGAAAAACCAAUAACACAAAAAGGCAGUCCAACACACCCAGGUCUUAGCGAAAAACUCGGAACCAGCCAGAGCCCCAAGCCCAAACCUUAUAAGAAUGGAAAGAUUGACUUGGAUUCAUGCAAAAUGAACGGCAAAAUGCAUCUGGAGUAUGAUGCUCACUGGCGCUGGGUGCAGUCACAAGAGGAUGUUACAUUUUUGUAAGGAAGAUAAUCACAGAGCAGUUGAUAGGCACUAAUGCUACUUCUGCAACAUCAAAGACCAGAUCAUUGAAAGUUCCCAGGGAAAAGGGUGAACUGGUGUGUAAAAUGCACAUUUUGGGACUUUCCUCAGAGAAAGACAUUGUGUUUGAUAGACAUGUUUACCUGUAUUCCCUCUUGGAACUACACUAAAUCUCCAAAAAGCAUUGAUGUCAAUAUUACGAUGGAUGCACAUGACCGGAUUUUGUCCAUUUUCAGUAAAACAGUGUUGCCUCACACAAAUGAAAGAAAAUCCAUUUUAAAAUCCUGUCAGUUUUUCUCAGGGUCCAUUUGGCAUGGCCUAAUUUUAGUUUAUUUCAUGUUUAAUUUAAAUUUCCUUUGGAAUUAAAGUGACCUGAUCUCUCAGAGAACUGAAGAUGAUUCAAAUAGACUGAUGUUUAAACUUAAAAUGAACUAUUGAAUGGACUUGAAGUGUGACCCCCUUUUUUACUUUUUCUGCUUUAGGAUCUACUUAUGAUCAGUUACCUUUUACAGACUAUUCUGCAUUUUGUGGACCCUCUAUAAAAGUGGUUCAAAGCCUUAUUUAAAAAGUUUUAUCCCUUAAAUCAAAUUAUUAUUAACCCUGAGGGGGAAAGUUCUAGGCAGUUAAAAUAAGAAAAUUAUUUCAUGUGUUGUUUCAUUUGAACGAUUAUCAGAGCAGAAUUUCUGUUAUUACUCUUCAGAUUCGUCUCAGGAUGAUUUGAAAAGGUCCUGACCCUUGGUUCAGAAAUGAGUGAUAAAGCCAAAUUUACUAUAUUUAGGAUAAUAGCAAUAGUACACAACCAAACUCUCCUUCUCUAAUUUAAGUCCUUAAAAAUUAAUUGUAUACUUACUUAUGUGACGUAAACCUGAACCCCCAGUGGUUAGACAGAUCUACUUAAUGAUGAAAUAUAAACAAAAAAAUACAAGUAUUAAACACUGAAAUUUGUGACUGUGUGUUAUCCCCUCAUCAACAUUCGAUUCUGUUAAUGAUAUAGAUGACAAAGCACUGAGGAUAGUAAAGGUUUAACAUAAAAAUAAUAUACCACUAUAAGCCUUUGUGUCUUUGUGGUGUUAAAUGUCAGUGCAGCCUUCUGCAAUACUGUAUAUUCACUGAAUUAAUGAAUAACUACUCUGUGCAUCUGGCAAUAGUUGUGACUAGUUGUAUGCAAAUGCAGAAAAUGGCUACAUUUUUUUUCUUUUGUUUUUAUCUGUUAUGGUGACCUGUGUUAGUUUUAUUUAAUGCAGUUGUGCCUGAUUAUUGUGUAAACCUUAACAACAAAAGUCAGUUUGUUCCCUCAAAUUACUGCACUGUUAUGAUAAUCUGAAUAUUUUCACUAAGUUUUGUUCCUCAGCCUCAGCUUGUGUGUACAACUGACUUAGACCAACAACCUGUGGGCUCCUGAGUGUCAGCUGGUAAAUGUUUUAUGCAGGUUGAAUGGAUGUUGCAUGACCAAACACUUGACAAGAAAAGCAAUAUUUUUCAAAGUCUGGAUACUGGCUCACAUAAGCAGCCUCUUUUAGCAAAUAAAAUCUAAUAAUAAUGUCUGUUCCUCAAUAGAUGGAAACAUGACUAGUGGGGAAAUAGUGUGUGUCUAUGUGUGUGUGAAUUAGAAAGACAGAUUCAUGCAUUCUAUCAUCCCGAUGAGCACAGCUGGCCUAUCAGAGCCGGAUAAGAAUAGACGAGUCCCAGUGGUUUUUAAAUGGUGUUUGGCUCAUUCAUCAUAAUGUUACUAAUUCUCCUGCCAGUCUGCAGCUAUUCAUGUUAAUGGUGAAAGGGAAGCAAACCACAUCUAUUAAAUAGAGGGGAAUAUUUUACAUUAUCUGUGCAUACUGUUUAGGUUAUCAUCAAGCUUCUCAUAAACUUUUAAUAAGAUGUUACUCAGCCAAAUUUCUUUUGUGUUAGUCCUAACAUUUCUACCAAAAUAAAAGUUUUGCUAGCUUAUGUUUUAGUCAGGUAGAGUCAGUUGUGGUUCACUGGAAACCUAAAGUUUCACCUUUCUCACUUUAAACAAUAAUUUUUUUUAUUGAGCCACCCAACUUGUUGCAACAGUGGGGAGUUUUUGUGUUUGUGUUUGUAUGUAGACAUGCAGUUAAGUAAGGGACAACAGUUACUCAGAUAUGACAAUUCUGUGGAUUCAAACAGAGGUAACUAGGAACUACCUGCAGCUUCUCAUUUUCCUUGUUGUCAACUUUUAAAGAGACUUAUCACUGGCAUAUUUAAUUCAUUACAACUUAUGUUAGGUUAUUAGCUAGCUAUGCUUCAGGAAGUAUGUAAAAGAGUCUUAAAUAUGCUGUAGCUAAAUGGUACCAAAAAUCUGCAAAAAUCUAAAGUGAAAGCUACAGUCUUCCCAACAAAAUUAGCCUUCAGAAGUUUAGGAAAUUUGUUCACAGUCAUAAAAUGUCGGGGGAGUUGUUGGGAUACAAAACUGUUGAUAGAUUAUGUCAUAUGCUAAUGAGCAUGUUAUGCUAAUAUGCUCAUUAGCAUAUGCGUAAGGUGCAUGCGCUAAUUGUGUUUACAUUCUGCUGCCUUUUUUCGGCAGACGUCAGCCCUCUGAAAUGGUUUCUUUCCUUCCUAAUGUCUACAAAACAUUGAGGAUAUUUGACAUUUUGUACAAUGUCAAAGUGAAUCUAAAAUCCAUAAUAACUUUUACAGGUGAACUUUGGUAAACUUUGACCUUCUCUCAACUUUUAAAUCCACAAUCAACUUUUUAAUGUUUAAGGUUGCAUUUCAUAACAAGCUGUUCUCUUAACAAGAUGAUAAACAACAAAAAACAAACACAACAAGUUUAUGAACCAUGGACUGACCACUAAAUGUUCUGGUUCCUGUACCUUGUAUCUUAACAGUCCUCUUCAUCAUACUGUUCACAUUUAGACAUCAUUAUACCAAAAGGAUGCUGAAGACAAGUUUAUUGACAUUUUAUCUUGAGGUAUACCCAUCACUGUUGUUAGGUUUUGUUUCAGUAAAUUAUUUGUGAUGAAGGAAUUAUCAUCACACAAUUCUACUGAAAUGUCCUACAUUCAUGAUAAAAUAUCAGUGUA